AUGGCAAACCGUGCGACUGCUCUCCCAACUGAACUACCUAGCACGGGCCACUGCAGUGAUUUGAUAAUCGGAAAAUGUUGAAAAGAACGUAAGUUUUUGAUUUCAUUACCACGUGUAUCCUAUGUCCUCAAAUGUCCUUCACCUUUUGAUAUAGAAAGCGGAAGCAGGUAAUCGGGAGGUGUAAAAGGCACGCGACUGGACGGUAACACAUUUUGUUGUUUUUUCACCACUGCACAAUGAAUUUUUAAAAUUGAAUGAAAGGCACAUACAGCACUCAUGGAUGACCAGAUCGACGAUCAGGAUGGGCUGAUCACGUUUGAAGAUCUUGGAAAAAAGAAGAGAGAAGCUACGGCAGAGACGGUCCUAGGCAAGACCAGAACAUGGCAGGAUUUAGAGAAAAAAGAAAUCGCCUUUUUCAUCAUUGCAGUCAUCAGUCUUUUAGCCUUGCUUGGUUUCGCCAUAUACAGUGCUGUCACACAAACUGGACAUGAUUUCACUUUUGCACUUCUGAUAAUUGUGAAUAUCGGGUUCUGUUUUCUGUAUGUAGUGGGAGCGGUUCUGGGAGAACGUCCGUAUGAAACCUUCAUAUUUGUCAUUGCCAAUGUCAUCAUCAUUGUGUACGUCUGUUCCAACUUUGCCAUUACAUACCCAGAUAUUGCUAAUGGGAAAGAUGAUGUACGCUUCACAGUUAAACUGGUACGGCUCAUAUUCACCGUUAUCCUGGUCCCGUUGAAUAUAUAUUUAGGCCUCUGGGUGUGGUACACAUAUUUCCAGUCAGGGAACUUGAUACUCAGAACAGUUGGAGCCAGCGAGGCCUUACAGAACUCCUGCAAGACUCUGUUCUUUACGGAGGCUGCUCUCGAUGUUGAUGUCCAGAUGGCUUCUAGUAUGCUGUUACUCAUUCUGAAGGAUGGCCAUACAACGGGCACGCUAUGGAUCUGUGUGCUGACGAUAGGGUUUGCCUUCACUGUGGCUUGGUCAGUACUAGGGUAUUUUGCUAUGAGAUAUGAAAACAAGAUUCUAACAUUCAUUUUCUUCGCGACGUCUGUAUUUGAACCAGGCUACAUUAUUUUCAAAGUAUACCAGGCAGCUACAGAUGUGGCUGAUGAAAAUCAAGAACCAGACACCAGUAUAGACGCAGUGACAUUCGUAGGCGCAGGCUUGGCGCUGAUAGUGCGCGUCAUUUUGCUGGUCUUCUGUUACAAAGUGUACAGUAAUUAUGGAGUUGGGCUCAAAGAAAAAGUAUUUAUAAAGCCCUUUUGGCGCUCCCCUUACCCCCCUUUGAACCCUCGGGAGAGUACUAAGACGUACCAUUGCCUCAAACUAGCCACUGAGUCGUCACCAGAGACACAAGGUGCUUACUAACAAGAUAGUCACUUGUGUAUGGAUAUUGCGUUAAGUUCUGCUCAUACCAUAACUACUUUAGAUUGGAUACCUGACGUGCCAUAGUCUGGUUGUACCCUCUACCAGGGCGACAGAUUGAUUUUCCACAGAUAUUCACAGAUAUGUCUCUAGAUAAAUAGAUGGUCAUUUUGGUCUGUUGCCAAGCUUUUUUUUUUUUCUUGUGCUCAUGUGAAAUCUUUGCAUAUAACUGCAAAUGUUUAUUUUGAUUGUAUGGAAUUAUUUUACAGUUAAUUUUAUCCAAGCUCAAUUAUCAUUAUUAUUAUCAAUCUCCAUAUAUUUUAGAAAUCCAGGUCUUUUUUCAGAUUCUGAAAGAAUUACCUUUUCAGAGUUUCCAUGGACUUUUUUGCUGUACAAUUACUAUUAUUUGAUAUUAUUUUUACAGUAUUAUAAGGCAAAUCUGUAAACAUGUAAUAGUAAAAAAAAUCUUGCAAGAGACCUAAUACCUAUAUUAAUAUAUGAUAUAUUACGUAUGUUACUGUUUUGUUCUAAUCUCUUAAUUUGAUUUUAAUAUCAAGAAGAAAUUCUCAUCAAUUUUAAGAUAUUAGGAAUUUGUUGUUAAUAUUUGGUGUUUUAUGUUUGAUGGGAAAUCUUUUCGGGAUCAUUUAAGAUCUCAUUUAUAUGACUUUACAAAGAUGUAUUAUAUUUAAUAUAAUUUCUUUAAUUACAAAAUAUUUUAAUGCAAUUAUGGGUAAGUGUGUAAGAAAAGGUGCUGCUGAAAUUGUUACAUUGUUCAAUAUUCAAGACAGUUUGUGCAAUGCAAUAUUUUAUGAUCUUGAUUUCUUUGUAUGUGACUGGUUCUUGCUACACAAUGUGUAUUCUUUUUCAUCAUAAUAAGUAAUAGAAUUAGUUUAAGAAUCAAGUAAAAUUUUUAAAAAAAUGUGUGCUGCAAAAUUUUCUCAAAUCUGUGCUAGUUAUAGUUACUGUAGUUAGUUAUGAUUUUUAGUGAUAGAUCCAGUAAAUUGUUUUGUCCAUAUGGUUAGUUGGAAAACAAAGUUGCUGUCAUGUUAAUUUUAUUCUGUCAGAUUUUCAGAUUUAUAUGUGAAGUCAUUUUGUUAAAAAUUAAGUGGUAUGUCAUACUAUACAAUUUUAUGUUUGUCAGAAAGCAUGUUCACAAAAUGCAAAGAUGUGUAGUUAUAUGGCUGUACAUGUAUCUAUACAUAUAUACUUAUAGCUGUGUCAUAAAAUUACAUAUUCCCAAUGCAAUCUUGAAAUCCUUGCCUUUAGAUGUGAUAUAUGAAUAUAGUUCAUAUAAAUGAAUAAUAAACAUUUUGAACAUUUAA